UGUUCUAUUCAGUUGGAUUUUGUCUCAAUUUCUCAGGUGGAUUUUCAGGAUGUGAACGCCAGGACGCUGGCGGAGAGAAAGCGAGAGGAGGAGAAGCAGAGGCGUUUAGACAGAAUCUACCGGGAAAGGUCCGAGCAGGCCGUGCGGGAGAUGGAGGAAAUGUCCGGGGACAUCCGGGGCUGCCUCAUGGAGGUGGACAGCUGCUUCCAGCUGCUGGUGCCCUUCGACUUGGGGCCAUGCCGGGGGGCCAUCGCGCCUGCCGUGGCCUCUGGGGCGCCCAAGGAGGGCCCCCCUCGCCCGGCCAGUGCCCCAGACCUCGGGGACGAGGAGCAGCCGUGCUGCAGCAAGAGCCUGCCUGCCUGUGUGCGCCGCCCAGCGGCCACGGGGGCCUCCUCGGAGGACAGCGACCAGGAGGACUUUGUGCGGAGCCAUGGGCUGGGCUCCCACAAGUACACGCUGGACGUGGAGCUCUCCUCAGGCAGCCUCAGGGUGCAGGAGGACGAGGACAACUGCGCGGUCAUCCAGUCGGCCCGGGACGCGCUCAAGCUCAUCCAGAACAAGUUCCUGCCGGCUGUGCGCACCUGGGUCCAGCUGUUCACCCGCGCAGGUACCCGUGGCCAGCACUUGGAGGCCGCCAUCGACUUGAAGGCUGAGCUGGAAACCGCCCUGCGGAGAUCCCAGGAGCUGGACAUUGAGCCCGAGGGGCCUCGCACGAGGGAGACAGCGGCCCUGGGAGACGAGGACGAGGACGAGGAUGAUGGCGACUUUGUGGAGGUCCCGGAGAAGGAGGGGUACGAGGCCUGUGUCCCUGAACACCUGUGGCCUGAGGAUGGGUCAGAGAAAGACCUGGCUGCGCAGGGCUUGCUGGCGAGGAAGAGGAGGAGGACGGACGAGGAGGCGAGCGACCCCACCUCUGCUGCCGCCCAGCUCCACCGUGCCUGCUCUGUGGGGCCCGGCUCAGGCAUUAGGCGCCCCUUCACCCUGUUCCGUGACGGCAGCUCCCGGCGCCUGCCUUCCUUCGAGGGUGAGGGUGGGUGGCGAGAGGCAGAGGGUGACAACCACUGUGCUUUGCCCCAGUGCCCGUUCCACGGCAAGAUCAUCCCCAGAGACGACACGGGGCGGCCCCUGCACCCGGAGGACAGGGCCCGGGAGCAGAGGCAGCAGCUGCAGAGGCAGGCCGGGCGCUCAGACUGGCAGGACCCCGAGUUUAUGAGGGAUGUGGAGGUGGCCACAGGGGUGGACCUUGGCUCGUCCAGGGCUGGCAGGAGAGGCAAAGGCAAGAAGAGGAGGCACCCCGGCCUCACCGACCUGAAGCAGCAGGCAGACACCGCCCGCACACGCAUCGCCAAGAAGGUCUUCGCUAAGGCGGCCGUGCAGAGGGUGGUCACAGCCAUGAACCAGAUGGACCGGAAGAAGCACGAGAAGUUUGCAAACCAGUUUAACUACGCGCUGAGUUAGGGGCACCUGUGCUGUGGUCCCCUCCGCUCUCGGCUCCUCUCCCUCUGCCAGGGCCCCGGAGGGGAGAGCGGACAGGUCUGGGCAGUGGCCUCCGUCUCCAUGAUUGUGUUCAAUGUGAGGAAAUGGUGCAUCUUCUGAUUAAAA